AUGAAAGAAAACUUAGAUUUUGGAAAUUUUUAUCAAACGAAUAAUCAAUUUGAAUUAAAUACAAGUAUAACAUAUCCACAUGGACAAGAAACAUUAAAUCAAAUGUUAUUUCAUCCAAAUAAACUUGAAUUAGCAAUAACGGGAAAUGAUGGUUUUGUUAAAAUUGAUACAAUAAAUGAUUUAAAUGAAGAAUCUCGUUAUGAAUAUUCACGUUGUUUUGCUCAUAUUGAUCGAAAAAAUCCGGUUGAACAUGUUAUUUAUAAUUGUGACAAAAUUCUUGUUUGUCAUAAAACAUUAGCCAAUUUAUGGAAUUGUUUAAAUGGACAAUUUAUUAAAUCAUUUUCAUGGCAUGUUCAUGUUUUUGCUAAAGAUCCAAGAUCAUCAUUUAUUGCUUUAUUUGAUAAAAGUUUUCUUCAUUUUUAUUCAUUUUCGGAUGGAAAAUGUCAUUCACGUAAAGGUUCUUUAUUUCGACGUGUUACAGCAGCUGUAUAUAUUCCUAAUGAUAAACCAUCUUCAUUUGUUCCACUUCAACAUUCAAGAUUAAUCUUUUAUAUUCUACAAGAAGUUCAUUUUUUUGUUUAUUUUCUUUUUUCUAUCCAUAAAUCAGUGGCGGAUCCAGGAAAUUUUGAAGGAAGGGGCACAUGA